AUGCCUUCUACAUCAACACUCCUUACCACCUUCGUCGCGCUGGCCGCGACAGCCUCCGCCGUGACCCCGGUCGUGGUCGACGGAAAAGAUUUUGUGAACAGCGAGACAAAAGAGCGAUUUCCCAUCAUUGGUGUUGACUACCAACCCGGAGGCGCAGGCGGCUUCAGCACGAAAAAAGACCCCCUAAGUAGUCCAAAAGACUGUCUACGAGAUGCGGCACUGAUGCAGCGAUUGGGCGUUAACACUAUUCGUGUGUACAAUCUCUCGCCCAGUCUGAACCACGAUGAAUGCGCAUCUAUAUUCAAUGCUGCUGGCAUCUAUAUGAUCCUCGAUGUCAACUCGCCGUUGCAGGGCGAUAACCUUGAUCGCACGCAGCCGUGGAACAGCUAUAACCCCGGAUACUUCAAGCAGGUCUUUGGUAUCAUUGAGGGGUUCAAGGAUUAUCCUAACACGCUGGCGUUUUUCUCUGGGAAUGAGGUUAUCAAUGAACAGGCCGCGCAUACUGCGCCCGCUUACAUUCGCGCCGUCCAACGCGACAUGAAAGCCUACAUCGCCAAACACGCCACCCGGCACAUCCCCGUCGGCUACUCCGCGGCCGAUGUGCGCAGCAUCCUGCUCGACCAAGCAAACUACUUCCAAUGCUCCAUCAGCGACGCCGACUCCCACGCCGACCUCUUCGGCCUCAACUCGUACUCCUGGUGCGGUGACUCGGACUACCACGCUAGUGGGUACGACGUCCUUACCGAGGAUUUUGCCAAUUCGUCGGUCCCUGUUAUCUUCUCGGAGUAUGGGUGUAAUGCCGUGCAGCCACGGAAGUUCUCGGAAGUGCAGGCUUUGUACGGCAAGGAGAUGACGCAGGCGUUCGCGGGGGGUUUGGUGUAUGAGUAUGCGCAGGAGGAGAAUGAUUACGGGCUUGUUGUUGUUGAUAGUAGUGGGAAUGCGAAGCUACGGGAGGACUAUGAGGCCUUGCGGGAGCAGUACGGCAAACUUGACAUGGAUCGGUUGAAGAAGGCGAGUAAGGCGCAUACGGACGCUGAGCCGGUGGAGUGCAGCGCGAGUCUGAUUACUAGUGGGAAGUUUUUGGACUCGUUUGAGUUGCCGGAGAGGCCGCAUGGUGUGCAGGCGAUGAUUGACGAUGGGUGUGGUGCGAAGGUUGGGAAGAUUGUUGGGUUUGGAGGAAGGGAUGUCACGCAGAAGAUUCAUGGGGCUAAUGGGGAGGAGCUUUCUGGUGUCAAGUUGGAUAUGAAGGAGUCCGAGUCUGGGGAGAAGCAUGCUACCGAUGACAAGAAUAGUGAUGACAAGGAGGACGACGAGAAGAAUGAUGAUGGGGACAAGAGCGAAGACAACAACGGGGACAAGGAAAACGACGAGGACAAAGAAAAUAAGCACAGCAGCAACGAUGACAAUGAAGACAGUGACAACGACGCUUCAUCCAAGUCCACCACCGAACCCACUACCGUUACCAGCUCUGCCAACGCCCAAACCACGCCCACCCCAACCCCCUCCAAACACAACGCCAAUGCCAUCUCAACCCCUAGCUCCAGUACUAUCAUCCACGCCACCGCCACCGGUAGCGCAAUUCCCAGCGCGAGUGCGACACCGACAUACUACACGGGUGACGGGAGCAAGCCCUCGUCUUCUAUGCUGCUUGGCCUGCUGAGUGGUCUCGCGGGGUUGGUUGCUUUGCUGUAG